UUCUCUGUGUGUGUUCCCCUCCUGGUGCACACCAGCAGCAACAAAUGCUGCAUUUGGCAUAGCAUUAUUGUUUUCUAUUGAGCUUUUUUUCUUUCCCAUAAUCCCUAUUACUUAUAGUCAUAUUUGUAGACUUGCAAACAGCUUGUAUAAAAACCUCUUUACGAGCAGCCUACUUGCAUUUUACUGGUUACUUUUUUUUACUGAUGGUUGCUUUAAUUUCCUCACGUCCACAUUUUUUUGUAGAUAUCGCUCGAGGAAAAGGUCGAGGUAGCGAAGGUCGUGUAGGAAAGUCCUCACUUAGGGGUGAUUUUGCUCGUCAUGCAAACAUGCCUAACAUUCCAAUUCCCACCACAGUUAGUCCUCAACAAGGUGGUACGAGUUCCAUAGGUGGGCCAGAUCCUAUAAACCAUGUUCAAACUUUAGGUACGCCACCGGUUCAAGCGUCAGAUCACGGUAGUAACCCAACCAUCCCUGAAUUAUCUCCCAUUGCACCUGAUCUAAGCAGCCCAAUAGAUGAGGGUACAUCAAACCAGAGCAACACUAUCAGCGAAGAAGAGUCCAGUAGUCGUCGUAGGCAGCGGACACUUAGACUUGUUACUCUUACUCCUGCAGGGUUGGAACCUUCUAAAGAAUGCUCUAAUACCAUAUCUGCAUCUUUCAAAAAUCAACUUGAUCCCAAUGGAAUCAAUUGGAAAGGUGUCUCAGAAGAUACUAGAGAUUUUUAUUUUGGGGAAUUCAAGAAGACAUACCAUUGGGACUCUUCGAUUCCUGAGAGUGUAAUCAGAAAACAUUGGAAUACUAAGGCAGCAACAAAGUAUAGGAAUUUCAUUAGCAAAAUUAAACAAAAAAGGAUUAAGCCGGAUUAUGUGUCUGAUAAUGUGUGGGAACGUUGGUUGCAACUUUGGGCGGAUCCUAAGUGUGUUGAAAAGUCAGAAAUAAAUGCAAAGAAUCGUUGUGGAGGGAAAGAAGUGGCUGCCGGGACUCACACAGGUGGCUCUAUCUGCAUUGGGGAGUAUCGCAAGAGACUUGCUGUUGCAAAGGGUCGAGAUCCAACACCUACAUUUGCACGUCCAUACACAUGAUCAUGAUGGAGAAUCUUUUGUUGAUGAGCGUGCCCGAGCUGUCCAUGAAAUAUAUCAAGAAAUAUUACGGGAAAAAUCACAGUCUUAGUCUGAUAUUGAUCAAUGUGAAGCAUAUUACGAAGCUGCUGGGGGAACAAGGAAGAGAAGAAUAUAUGGUCUUGGAUCUCAAGCACAAAGUUAUUAUGGGCCGAAUCUUUGCGUCAAUUAUGGUUUUAAUGCUUCAGCAUCAGCAUCACAUUCAACUUCUCAAUCAGCACCGACAGAAAAUAUGGAGGAGUUAGUGAUGCGAUUGAUUCCUACACUGACUGAUCGCUUGCUUCCUUUAUUUAUUGAGAAGGCACGCGGAGUGAUUUCUUCACCAUCACAUCAUCCAAAUACUCCUAUCGACAAACCAUCAGUUGUGACACCCAUAGUGCCUCCUCCUACUACUGCUAACGUUGACGAUGUUGAUCCUUUAGUUUCUGAUGAUGAUCGUAGUCCUUCACCCAUGCAUUAGUUUUUUAUGUUUUCUGCUUUUUGCUGGAAAGAAAAAAAUUAUGCAAUAACAAUACUUGAUGGAUGUGUGGGUUCUUUUGGUAGUUAAUAGCUUGGUGUUGUCGGUGUUUUGGACUAAACGAUUAGGAUUCCGCUAUCUAUUUUGAAUCUUUUUUAUAAAUAUUAUUUUAUGUGAAUGUCAG